AAUCGUGACAAAUGAAAAUCGCUCUUGUUGCGAUGUGACGGCUGAAGCUCCAUGAUAACAAAUGCAGAGUCCGACUCCUGAAAGUCUCCGUUUCAUCAGGUGGAGAUGAUCCGCCGUGUGCUCGGGAAGGCCUUGGGGUUUGUAGGCUACACCAUCCAGUAUGGCUGCAUUGCGCAUUGUGCCUUCGAGUACAUUGGAGAGAUCGUGGUGUGCUCUGGCCCCUCAAUGGAACCUACCAUUGUCAACAGAGAUGUUGUUUUCUCGGAGCGAAUGACUCGGCAUCUUUGCAAAAUACAAAAGGGUGAUAUUGUGAUUGCGAAAAGCCUAUUUGACCCCAAUAUGAAUGUUUGCAAAAGGGUAAUUGGGUUGGAAGGUGACAAAGUCUGCAUGAGUGGACCCUCGAAUUUUUUCAAGACCCACACAUAUGUGCCAAAAGGUCAUGUGUGGCUAGAGGGCGAUAACCUUACGAACUCUACUGAUUCAAGGAGCUACGGCCCAGUUCCCUAUGCCCUCAUCCGAGGGCGUGUUUGCUUGAAGCUCUGGCCCCCGGAUGGUUUUGGGAUCCUCAGCGAAAGUCCGACCAGACGGAUCGUUAAAGAUGAUUGUGGUUCAGACUGACAUGACUUUCACUCAUUUUAAAAUAAACCGUAUGUGUUUAUAGGAGAACAAA